AUGCCUUCGAAUCCUGAAUGGGUCAAAGCCCUCAAGCCCUCUGGGCCCCAAGGCUCAGAGCUACUCGCACAAGAAAGAGCCAAAUCAGAUCUGAACGUUGAUCAGCUCGCCGAGUUUAUGUUCACCAAGGAGGUCUUACAACGGAACGAAAGAAUCCUUAACAUCCUUCUUGCGGAGCCCGUUUUCGACAAGUCACAGAAUUACUUCAGAGGUCGAAAUGCAAGGAUAGAAGCUGCUUUGGCCCGAGGAAAAAGGCUACAACAGCUCCAAGUUCAACACAACUGGUCCAAGGAUGAAUUCGAGACUGCAAAUAGUCUGAUCAGUGAGCCUACCCCCUAUGGCUUGCACGCCAGUAUGUUCCUCGUCACCCUGCGCGAGCAAGGUACUCCUGAGCAGCACAAGUUGUUCCUGGAGAAAGCAGAAGCAUACAAGAUCAUCGGAUGCUAUGCCCAGACCGAGCUCGGACACGGUUCCAACGUUAGAGGUCUCGAGACAACCGCCACCUGGAACGCCGACGACAAAACCUUCACCAUCCACUCUCCUACAUUGACUGCUUCCAAAUGGUGGAUCGGUUCUCUCGGAAAGACCGCCAACCAUGCCGUAGUCAUGGCACAGCUCUUCAUUGCUGGCAAGAACUACGGCCCUCAUCCAUUUGUGGUCCCAAUCAGAGACUUGAAGACCCACGAACCACUGCCAAACGUUCAUGUUGGUGACAUCGGCCCUAAGUUCGGAUACAACACCAUGGAUAAUGGCUUUUUGCUCUUCAAGAACGUCAAGAUUCCUCAUAUCAAUAUGCUUGCCCGCUUUUCGUCCAUCGAGCCCAAGACAAAUAAAUACGUCCGACCUUCGAACCCUUCUUUGAUUUACGGCACCCUCACCUAUAUUCGAAGUCAUAUUGUCCUACAGUCAGGUUCAGUUCUCGCACGUGGUGUCACAAUUGCAACCCGCUACUGUGCUGUCCGACGACAAUUCCAAGACCGUGAUGCCCCAGCCACUGAGACUGGUGAGAAUCAAGUCUUAAAUUAUACUAUGGUUCAAGUUCGAUUGCUCCCUUUGCUCGCCGCAACCUAUGCUCUCCAUUUCACAGGUAGAGGUAUGAUUGCUUUGUACAAUCAAAACCAACAGCGCAUGAACAGCACAGCUGCUCCCGAAUCAAGACGUGCUCCCGGACCCGAAGAAUUGAAUGCUGGAACCGACCUUCUUGCUGACCUACAUGCUACAAGUUGCGCUCUGAAGGCUCUUGCCUCCACAACCGCCGCCGAGGGUCUUGAGGUCUGUCGCCGCGCAUGCGGUGGUCAUGGUUAUUCGUCAUUCUCUGGUAUUGGUAGCUGGUAUGCCGACUAUCUCCCCACCGUCACCUGGGAGGGUGAUAAUUAUAUGCUCACCCAACAAGUGAGUCGCUACCUGUUGAAAUCAGCUCGUGCUGUCCUCAAGGGCAAUGCUGGUGACAACGAUACCACCCGAAUCCUCUCGGAAUUCAUUCGCCGUCGCGAUAUCGGUGCCGCUUUCGAUGUGAUUGGAAACGAUGAAGAUCUAGUAGCAGCAUUCGCUUGGCGAGUCUCAUUCCUCACAUUCGAAGCGCUUCGUCACCGUGAUGAAGACAAACAGUCAUGGAACAGUCUCUUAGUCGACUUCUGGCGUCUAUCCACGGCCCACGCUCAAUACAUGGUCGUCAAGAACUUCCAUGAAGCUCUUAACGACCCAAAUACUAAGAAGAGCGUUGAUGCAGGCACAAUUUCACUACUCCACAAGCUCUUCCGCCUUUAUGCACUGAACACUCUCGAAAAGGAAGCCAGUGAAUUCUACUCUUCUGCCGCCGUCACUGUACGCCAGAUUACUCUUGCCCGCACCAAAGCCGUCAUGACUCUGCUAGAAGAGAUUCGCCCGCACGCCCUACGCCUGGUCGAUGCCUGGAAAUUCCCUGAUUGGCAGCUCGACAGCUCUCUGGGCCGGUAUGACGGAAAGGUCUAUGAAGACAUGUUCCACCGUGCCAGCGAGCUGAACCCUCUGAACUCGGUCGUCUUUGACCCGUACCCAGACUCGAAGGUUUUGUUCAAGAAAGACGAGAGACAGAACUUGCGAAGCAAAUUGUAA